ACACUUUUCACACGAAAGCAAAUCAGAAUCGACUAUCCGAGCGUCCAAAUUUCAAAACCUCUCACAAUUUGUCUCUCUCGAGAAAAAAAGCAGCACCAAAUGUCUUCAGACGAUAACAUUCAAUGGCCAUCCGGCUUCAGCUUGAAAGACUUGGUGGGAUGGGGAGGCAGCGGUCUAGUUGUUCACGACGAGUCGAAUGAUACCAUCAUUAAGACUCCCUUCUCCGAAAGGAGCGCAGAUCACAUUGCAAGGGAGAAGCAGGUCUACGAGCGGUUCACGGAACGUGGGGGACACAAGGGGAUCUUACGUUACCACGGCCCCUACGAAACAGGGAUCCGCCUCGACUACGCUUCGAACCACAACCUCAGGGGGCUCAUCGAUGAGGAAACUACUCAACAGCAACGACUGGACUGGGCCAACCAGAUCGCGGAGGCAGUCGAAUUCAUCCAUGCAUCCGGUGUAAUACAUGGAGACAUGACAUGUGCGAACAUUUUCGUGGAUGAGGGCCUUAAUGCCAAGGUUGCCGACUUUGCUGGGUCAUCACUCGACGGCUCGGAGCUCCUCGUUGUGGUGACGGCUAGCCAUGAAUAUCCAGGGGAGCUCCAAUCCGUCCGUGCCGACCUUUUCGCACUUGGAGGCAUACUCUACGAAAUCAUGACUGGACAGCCACCUUACGACGGCAAGGAAGAUAAGGAAAUAGAAGAGCUGUACAAGAGUCAUGUCUUCCCCGACACCGAGUCUUUGGGGUCAGUUGGCCGCAUUAUCACGAAAUGCUGGCAAGGGGGCUACGCCGAUUGCAAGCAAAUUGUAAAAGAUUUGAAAGAUACUAUUUAA